GAGUCCAUCCGGUUGGUURUACAGUAUAUCACAGYACAUUCACCGGGCACAAGGACAUUCUAGCAGCAGCRAUGAACACUCUGAACCAGCAGUACGAGGAGAAGGUCCGUCCCUGCAUUGACCUGAUCGACUCUCUCCGCUCUCUGGGGGUGGAGAAGGACCUGGCGCUGCCUGCUAUAGCCGUGAUAGGAGACCAGAGCUCGGGGAAGAGCUCGGUGCUGGAGGCGCUGUCAGGGGUGGCUCUGCCCAGAGGAAGUGGCAUUGUUACAAGAUGUCCUCUUGAGCUAAAAAUGAAGAGAAGGAAAGAAGGACAGGAGUGGUAYGGAAAGAUAUGUUACCAAGAUCAUGAAGAAGAGCUAGACAAUCCUACAGUUGUGGAGAAAAAAAUAAGAGAAGCUCAGGAUGAAAUGGCCGGAGUGGGAGUGGGGAUCAGUGACGACCUCAUCAGUCUAGAAAUUGCUUCYCCUGAGGUUCCUGAUCUGACUCUCAUUGAUCUGCCGGGCAUYGCCAGAGUGGCUGUGAAGGGACAACCAGAAAACAUUGGUGAUCAGAUAAAGAGACUGAUCCAGAAGUUCAUUACAAAACAAGAAACCAUCAGCUUGGUCGUGGUUCCCAGCAAUGUGGACAUCGCGACUACAGAAGCUCUGAAGAUGGCUCAGCAGGUGGAUCCAGAAGGAGAGAGGACUCUGGGUAUCCUGACCAAGCCUGACCUGGUGGACAAAGGCACAGAAGAGACAGUGGUUGAAAUAGUCCACAAUGAAAUCAUCCAGCUGAAGAAGGGCUACAUGAUYGUUAAGUGCAGGGGUCAGAAGGAAAUCACUGAGAGGGUGUCGCUCACUGAAGCAAUAGAAAGAGAGAAAGCCUUCUUUAAAGACCAUCCAUAUUUCCACACWCUUUACAGUGGAGGCCAUGCUACUGUUCCUAAACUGGCUGAGAAACUUACAAUUGAGCUGGUUCAUCACAUUGAGAGGUCUCUUCCAAGACUAGAAGAGCAGAUAGAGGAAAAACUAAAACAGACUCAGGCUGAGCUGGACCGAUAUGGCAAUGGACCCCCAUCUGAUGCAGCAGAGCGACUGGUUUUCCUGAUUGAUAAAGUGACUGCGUUCACUCAGGAUGCCAUCAGCCUGACCACAGGAGAGGAGCUGAAGUGUGGAGAAAGACUCAAUGUCUUUUCAGUGCUCAGAAAAGAGUUUGGGAAAUGGAAGGCCCACCUGGAGCACUCAGGAGAAAACUUUAACAGCAAAAUCGAAAGGGAGGUGGAGGAAUACGAAGACAUGUACCGUGGAAGAGAACUUCCAGGYUUCAUCAACUACAAGACCUUUGAGGUGAUGGUCAAAGAGCAGAUCAAACAGCUGGAAGAACCUGCUGUCAGGAAACUUAAAGACAUUGGACUGAUGGUGCAUCUGAAAUCAUAUUAUAAAAUUGCUGGCAUGCGAUUGGCCGACCAGAUCCCCCUAGUGAUUCGUUAUGAGAUGCUGCAGCAGUCAGCCAUGCAGCUGCAGAGGGAGAUGCUCCAGAUGCUUCAGGACAAGGAGAACAUGGAAUUCCUGCUGAAGGAGGACUACAACAUCUGCAGCAAGAGGGCUGCUUUGCAGAGCCGCCUCAAGCGCCUCCUGCAGGCCCGUGCAUACUUAGUMGAGUUCUAAAAAUUAGGGCAUUUUAUGAAGUGUAAUUUGUUAAAUUUUUGUUUUGUUAGGCAGAUUGAGUUUAAUUGUUGUUUUAAAACAACUCAUUAUUGGAAAUGUUGUCCUGUUUGAAUAAAUUUACUGUCAUCUA